GCCGGCUAGGCUGAAACGCGGGGCGCUCGAGGUGGGCGGCCAGCGGCGCGUGCUCGGCAGGGGCGGGGCCGCCUAUGCGCGUGCGCAGAAGAGCGGGCGCUGUGCGGCAAGCUGAGGAGAGCGGCGCGGCGCGUGGAGGGUAUGAUAUGGCAGUCAAAUUAGCAGAAAACCCCAUCAGAAGGGGCUGAAGGAUUUAGCCACUCUGCUGCCAACCUUGCAGUCCAAAGCCUCCUGCUGGACACACCAGGCACCAUGGACUUCCCAGGGUACAAUUGCUUUGUAGACAAAGACAAGAUGGAUGCUGCCAUCCAAGAUAUGGGACCAAAGGAGCUGAACUGGACUGAGCUUCAGGAGCUGAAACAGCUGGCUCGAGAGGGCUUCUGGGCUCAGAGCCACACCUUGCGGGGAAAAGUAUACCAGCGCCUGAUUCGGGACAUUCCUUGCCGCACAGUCACACCGGACGCUAGUGUGUACAGUGACAUUGUGGGCAAGAUUGUAGGCAAGCAUAGCAGCAGCAGUCUGCCUCUGCCUGAGUUUGUGGACAACACUCAGGUGCCUAGCUACUGCCUGAAUGCCCGAGGUGAGGGGGCUGUGCGCAAGAUCCUCCUGUGCAUUGCCAACCAGUUUCCUGACAUCUCUUUCUGCCCUGCACUGCCAGCCGUGGUGGCCCUGCUGCUCCACUAUAGUAUUGAUGAGGCUGAAUGCUUUGAGAAAGCCUGCCGCAUCCUGGCCUGCAAUGACCCCAGCAAGAAACUAAUUGACCAGAGCUUCCUAGCCUUUGAGUCAUCCUGCAUGACAUUUGGAGACUUGGUAAACAAGUACUGCCAGGCAGCCCACAAGCUGAUGGUGGCUGUGUCAGAGGAUGUGCUGCAAGUCUACUCUGACUGGCAGCGUUGGCUUUUUGGGGAGCUACCCCUCAACUACUUUGCUCGUGUCUUUGAUGUCUUCCUUGUGGAAGGCUACAAGGUAUUAUACCGUGUAGCUCUGGCCAUCCUCAAGUUCUUCCACAAGGUAAGAGCUGGGCAGCCCCUUGAAUCAGACAAUGUGAAGCAGGACAUCCGCAUGUUUGUCAAAGACAUUGCUAAGACAGUGUCCCCUGAGAAGCUUCUAGAAAAAGCAUUUGCCAUUCGCCUCUUUUCCCGCAAGGAGAUCCACCUCCUGCAGAUGGCCAAUGAGAAAGCACUGAAGCAGAAGGGCAUCACUGUCAAGCAGAAGAGUGUCUCACUUUCUGAAAGGCAGUUUGUGCACUUAGCCGUCCAUGCAGAGAACUUUCACUCAGAGAUCGUCAGUGUGAAGGAGAUGAGAGAUAUUUGGUCCUGGGUCCCUGAACGAUUCGCCCUCUGCCAGCCCCUCCUGCUCUUCUCCUCAUUGCAGCAUGGGUACAGCCUAACCAGGUUCUUUUUCCAAUGUGAAGGACAUGAGCCGACCCUCUUACUCAUCAAGACCACACAAAAGGAGGUGUGUGGAGCUUACCUAUCAACGGACUGGAGUGAGAGAAAUAAAUUUGGCGGCAAAUUGAGCUUCUUUGGGACUGGAGAAUGCUUUGUGUUCAGGCUGCAGCCCGAGGUGCAGCGUUACGAGUGGGUGGUCAUCAAGCACCCGGAGCUGACCAAGCCGACCUCCUUCAUGUCCUCAGAGACCAGCACUCCCUCUCCACUUAGCCACUCAGUCCCCUCAGACCCUGCUGACCGCCUUUCACCAUUCCUGGCUGCUCGGCACUUCAACCUGCCUUCCAAGACUGAGUCCAUGUUCAUGGCUGGGGGCAAUGACUGCCUCAUUAUUGGAGGAGGGGGCGGCCAGGCACUCUACAUCGAUGGGGACCUGAACCGGGGCCGCACGGGACACUGUGACACUUUCAACAACCAACCCCUCUGCUCUGAGAACUUCCUUAUUGCUGCGGUGGAGGCCUGGGGCUUCCAAGAUCCUGACCCCCAGUGAUGGGCCUGCACUAAUGAAUCUGAAGCUUUCUGGGCCUCACUGCAAGUCCACAUCUGAAGAAGCGACCUGAGAGGGACCCUCUUUGACCAACCCUAGAGAAGCCAACUACAUAUCCAGGCACCUGUCCAGAGAGUCCUGGAUUCAUGGGAGCUUCUCAGCCCUCCUUUCUAGCCUGGUGGCCACUUGAGUGCAUUGCAGUCUCUAUAGCCACUCCUUACCUUUUGUUACUGUAGCAACCUGGUUCAGAGUCACACAUCCAAAUCCCUCAGCAUGGCAUGCUUGUCUCAGUUCCACACCCUCUUCUCUUCUAGGCUCUGUGCCUCCCUGGUCUUGUCCUCACAGCACCUCUUGGGCUAGUCUACCUGGAUGUAUGUCCUCCCUCUAUCCCUUUUAUGUGUGGUACUAUGACUGGUACCUGUCAUGGUUUUCUGUGUACUUUCACUUCUCCUGUAGACGCUUAAGCCUACUAUGCCAAAGUAUAGGCAACUUGUGUUGCCUAUACUUUGCGCUAGCCUGAUGGCCAUAGGUGGUGAGGGAGACUUACCAUAAUACCUCCCCAUCUGUCCUCAGCUGGUCUUGAGGAUAUAGGUGCCACAAAGGGAAGAGGAGAUAAACAUGAUCCCAGUGGCCAUGCUGGGGGCCUUAGAGAUCUAGUUCAUAAUGACAGGUGCCCAUUCUCAUGUCUCAGCUGGCACUUCUUAGUGUCCCCAUGGAUGAUUCCAUAUUCAUUUCCACAUCUAUGCUUGGUCUUCUGAAGGGAGUGUCAUCUUUCCCUGCCCUUCUCACAUUAUUUCUGAAUAGGGUUAGGAAGUAUUGGCCGGCAGGAUAAGAAUCCUGUUUGGCAUUAGGCAAACUGGUAAACCUGCUCUGGGCUCACUUUUCUCACUUGCGAAAGAGCCCUGUAUUCCAGUCUUGCUCUCCACAUGGACAUGGGGCCUGCAUGAGGUCUUCUUGAGAAGUGCAGGGAGGGGGUUACCCCCACAGAGCAAUGUCACCAGCCUUCCUCUGAGCUCCCACUGCCUAGGCCUGUAAUGCCAACUUUAGUGUUCAUUAAACGUGGUCUCAUUGGAUCAAUUUAGGGUUGUAAGUCUGGUCUUUUUCAGCCAGAGGGGCCCUAGGGCUUCCCUUGAUGUUUGUCCAUGCAUUGUCACUGGGACAUGAAAGCCUUUUGAAAAAUGUAGUCCUUCAGAUAAAGUUAAUCCUGAACAUUGUUUGUAAGGCUCUGCAAACUUCCUGACUGGGGUGGGGGUGGGAAUGGUUCCUGGCAAGUGAGUUCAAUAGGAUCUGUGGCUUCCCCAAGGGACUGUAUUCAACCUUUACCCUCCCCAUUGAUUGAGCAAGAAGACUAGUUGCCAUCUUUUUGUGAUGUCUUCAUCUUAAGCAAAGUGUGUGCAUGUAAAAUAUUUAGUUUCUUUAGAUUUAAUAUCUUUUUUCUCUGGCUUUCCUACCAGAAGGUAUGUGAUUAUCUUUUAUUUUAAAAAUUAUCUGUUUUCUUAUUAUUACUGUUUUUCUUUGAUACUAAGUAUUCCCAAAUAUAAUUUAUUUACUUUUUUUCUAUUUUCUUUUCUUUUUUUUUGAGACAGAGCUUCACAUGUAGUUCAGGCUGGCCUUAAACUCACUAUGUAGCCCCAGCUGGUCUCAAAUUCAUGGCAAUCCUCCUGCCUCAUCCUCCUGAAUUCUGGGAUUACAGGCAUGUGCCAACACUCCAGCUUUAUUUUUUGUUUGCUUUUGUUUUUUUGGUUUGGAGAUAGUGUCUCAGUGUUUAACCCAGACUAGUCUUCAACUUGUGAUCCUCCUACCUCAUGCCUGUGUUUAUUAGCUUUCGAUGUUAAGGAAAUCCCAAAAUUUGAUGAACAAUGAAUUAUCUUUUGUGUGUGUGUGUGUGUGUGUGUGUGUGUGUGUGGUACCAGGGAUUGAACUCAUGACCUCACACUUGCCAGGCAGGCACUUACGCUGCUGAGCUAAAUCCCCAGUCCUGAAUUAUCAUUUUUAAAGAAAUGUAUGAACAUUUACUUUAAAAUAUUGAACCUGAUUUAAACUAGUUUAUUAAAUACAUUUUUUGCACCAACCAUAUGUCUCAGGGCUUUCAAAAAAUCCGUAUUUUAUUUCUUUUUGUUUGUUUGAUUUUUUUUUGAGACAGGGUCUCACUAUGUAGUUCAGGGUGGCCUAGAACUCACUAUAUAGUUCAGGCUGGCUGUGAACUUCCAAGUGCUAAGACUACGGAGGUGUGCCACUGUCUGGCCAAAAUCAGUAUUUUAAAAAUGUAUAAGUUGAGCAUGAUGGUACAUACCUGUUAUCUUUGCACUCUGGAGGCUGAGGCAAAAGAAUCACGAGUUUGCAGCCAGGUUGGCUAUGUAGUGAGUUCAAAGCUAGCUUGAAGGGGCUGGGGAUUUAGCUCAGUGACAAAAGUGCCUGCCUAGCAAGCGCAAGGUCAUGAGUUUGAUCCUUGGCAAAAAAAAAACUUGGCUGGGUGUAGUGACACACACCUGUAGUCCCACCAUUUCGAAGGCCAAGGAGGAGGAUCUCUGGGAGUUUGAGGCCAGCCUAGAACACAGCAAGUUGAGACAGGGUCUCACUACGUAGUUCAGGGUAGCCUAGAACUCACUGGGAGUUUCAGGCCAGCCUGAACUAUAUAGGGAGACCUUGUGUCAAAAACAAAACAAACAACUCAGCUACUUGGGAGGCUAAAGGCAGGAGGAUCACAAGUUUGAGACCAACUCAGGCAACUAAGUGAGAUCCCCCUACUCUAAAUAAAAAAUAAAAUGGGCUGGGAUUAUGUAUUGUUGCUGCUUAGGUUUAGUUGCUAGUACUGAAAUAUAUUAUGAGUAAAUCAUUUUUAUAUCGUAAAUUUCAGUUUUAUUGAACUGAAAUUAAUAUUUCAGGUUUUUUGGUUUUGGUUUUUGGCCUUGAACUUGCUAUGUAACCCAGCCUCCCAGUGUAAGGAUUAUAGGCAUGUACUAUCAUAUCUGGCAGUUUCUUCUAUUUUUGUAAGCUACAUCAUUUAAUUUUUUGUGUUCUUCAGUAUAAUUUGUUUUAUAACAUUCUGGACUUCAGAAUGUAUUCAGAUUUCUCUUACCCAUUUUCUAAAGCCGUAAAGCCAUUACAGUCUCUUUAAGUAUUUUAUAUUUGCCAAGCAUGGUGGCAGAUACCUGUAAUCCCAGGACUCUGGAGGUUGAGGCAGGAGGUUCACUGCAAGUUCAAGGCCAACCUGUGCUACAUAGUAAGUUCAAGGCUGACCUGAACUAAUGAUGAUAUUCUUUCUCAAACAAACCAAAAAGUAUUUUAUAUUUGUUAAUUUAGUUCCUAUACCUUUUUGUUUUGAAGCGACUUUCAGUUUGCAGAAGAGUCUCAAUGUGAAUUCCAAGUGGUUCUCUUCCCCAGGCCAAAUGUCUUGUUUGUAUGCCCAAGUUACAUUAGGCAGAAAAGUGUGUGGAUCUUAAAAAAUAAUGUGGGGUAAGGAGUUGUUUAUGAUCUCCAUUUUAUCAGUAUUCCAUUGUGCUCCUAAAGUUAUGUGCAGCAUCAUGUGAUGCAUUGCUACAGAUGAACUCACAUAUUAGCAGCAUGUUAUUUUAUCAGAUUGCAUGAAAUUUGUCGACACUGUUUGUGAGACUAAGGAAACAAUUGGUGGAUACUUAGGCAUAUCUGUCAGUGACCUGACAGAAACACCAGCAGGAAAAAAUCUUAUCUGCAAACUGCUGGACCAACUGGAUCAACAGUGUGUCAACUGACCACUUAGUUUCAUGGGCUAAAGCUGCAGCUUUCCUCUGAGGGGGCCUGCAAGUCCAAGCUCUUCCAGCAAUGCUAUGGAUGACAGAUGAUGGGGAUGCAAACUAUCUCUCUCCUGACCCCAUUUCCUUAAUAUGUGAAGAGACUGGGACAUUUCUGCCCCUGUGUCAUACCAAAGGGAGUUGAUUGUCAACGGAGACAUGGUCAGAAGCUCAUGGCCUAAAAAUGGAAGAGGAAGAAGUUUUGUGUAUAAGUUUACCUUUUAGUUCUUGUGAAGAAUGGUUGUUGGCUAUGAAACUGGCCACUGGAUUACCACUGGAACAUCUGAAUGAAUGUAAUAAGAUAUACUAAUGCUCAGUGAACCAUUGUGUGGAUUUCUAGCAAAGCCCAACUUUGUAAAUGUGAAAAUAAGUGAUUUAGUGCUGUUUGAGUUGUAAAUAAAGUUUGUGAAAACCA